CAGCAGUUAUCUGUUGAACACUUUAAUAUUAAUACGUAUCAAUAAUCAAAUAGAUUUGUGUAUAAUAUUAAAUUGAAUAUAGGAUUUUAUUAAAACAACGGUAUUUUGCAAACGUUUUAAAAUGGUACAUUAUUAUGAAUAAUUUUAAUAAAGAAGUUGCUGUUAAUUACGUCAAAACUUUAGUUGAUAAAAAUCGAUGUGUUACUUGUGACCUGUUAAAUGGACCUAUUGUAAGAUAUCCGUGUGGACAUCACGUAUGUAAUAACUGUGCCAUAAACGCCGAAUACUGUAUACGUUGCCUUUCACCACCUACCAAUUCGAUUAAUUCCAUUGAUGUACCUUACGGGCAACGCAUCGAACAUGUUUUACAUCUUUUAACUACAUUUCAGGAUUUAUUUAACCUCGAUGUUUACAAAAGACACAGACUAUCAGAACAAUUAAAAUUGGAAAAACAAAUAUUUCCAAAAUGUAUACAAGCUCCAUCAAAAUAUUGUAAUAAAAGAAAAAGUACUAAAUAUAUAGUAAAUGAUAAAGAAAAUUCAAGAUUGCCAUUCCUAGCUGGUGAAAGCAUAUCUAAUGUGUUAAAUAUGGAAAACACUGUAAAUUAUGUUCAACAGUGGCUAAAAAAUAAUGAAUCAACCUCAAAGAAAUCCAGUAAUCUACCUCGUAAACCGUUUGCAGAUUUAAAUGUGAACAGUCAAAGUUUUACUAAAGAUUUUAGCUUAGUUACUAAAGACAAUGAUUCAGAAGUUUCAAAUAGAAAAAGAACCCAUAUAAAGGUUAUUAAUACUAAUAGUAAGAAAAAAUUGAGGCUUUUACCUAAAAAUAAAAAGAAAGAGUCCAUUACCAUACCUAGAUUGUUAAGUAAUAAUGAAAGCACUAGUUUGCAAAGAAGCAAAUGUGAAAAUGAUGAAAGUGGAAUUGUUGUUGAUGAGGAGACUAUUGUUAUAGAUAAUAGUCAAGAAGGUUUUAUUGAUAAAGAUAGACUUGCAUUAAUUGCUGUACAAGAGGCUGAAAAAUUUAAACCCUGUGAUUUUACAAAAAAAUCUGAUCAAUCGGAACACAUAAUUACAUUAACUGAACCCACUAUACUAUCAAAACCCGUUUAUUUCAAUACAGACUCUUACAAAAUACCUUUUUACAAAAAAAGCUUACUAUAUAAGAUCUGUAAUGAAUGUACAAAUGAAAAAAAACAGUUACAAAAUCCAGUGCCAGCAAAAAGUGUAACAGUAAUAAUUGAUAAUGACAACUUCAUAACCACAAUCAAAUGUUCACAUUGCCCUGUAAGAAAUAUUGAAUUAAAAAAGCAAUCCGUCCAAGUACAAACCGAUAUGAUUAAAGAUAGAACAGAUUUAAUUCAAGCUCCCUCAAAAAUCAACAUUGAAACUCAAAAUAACAAUGACAACAAAAUAUCAAAGCAUGACAAUGUAGAAAAUAAUGUUUUGCUUAAUAAAGAUAUAGAUACUGACAAAAAGGAUGGAGGUAUUCCAAAAAUUACAAAGGACAAUGUUAAUGUAUUACCUUCAAAGAGAAAAUGUCUGGUAAUAGACGAUUCAGACACAGAUAGUGAUAUCAAUGAAACUGUUUGCACUCUUGAAGCCACUGCAGAGGUUCAUAAAGAAAUAAAUUUCGGUAUACUAUCCUCAAUGGAGGCUCACGAGUAUGUCAACAGAAUGAAGCCUAUAGUCCGCGGACAUACCCCACUUAGUACUGAUUCAUCUGACAAAGAAAAUUAUGACCCAAACAGAAUUAAAAGACAAAAAUUUGGAAAAAAGAAAAACAAUAAAAAAUAAAUGGGAGUUAAUGUUUUUAUUUUUAUACAUGUUAAAUUGUAAAUAAAGAACUUUUAUAUAUUUAUU